CUGGCUCUCUCUCCUGGAUGAAGAUGGGCAGAAACACAUGAGGGGGAGGAGGAUGGAUUGAGACAACCGAGACCCUUGAGUGUAUAAACAGAAGGAGAAAAAAUUACUGUUUGACCAAGAGAACAUCUGCUUGGAACUACAAAACAAACAGGCAACUGUGAAGAAAUUAAAACUGAAACGACAAGAGGACGUGAAAAGAAUGCAUCAAGAAUUUGACCAUAAACUCAAAGGCCUAGAAGGUUCCUAUAAUUCCUAUGUCGAAGAAGUGUGCCGACAAAAGAAUGCAGAGAUUUGUGCAAUGAAAACGAAGAACAAUAAGGAAUUGAACCAAUUGAAAAAGGACCAUGAUGCAGCACUGCAGGAAUUAAAGCAACGUUACUGUGAAACUACUUCAAGCAACUUGGAACUAAUUCAUAUACUAAAGAACAAGGUGAAUGGGACCAGAUUAUCUUGUUUAUUUCAUCUUGGGAUCCAGGAACAACUUCAAGAGGUGAGGGUUGAGAAAGACGAAUGUGAGAAACGGAUGUCGGAAGUAAUGUUGGAAAACAAAAGGGUACUGGAGGAACUCAAUGAACUUCAGAACAAACUUUUGCAUAGUGAGAAAGAAAAGAAUUUACUUGUGACUACUCAGAGCACAUUAAAAUUAAAAGAAAAAAAGCUCAAGGAUCUCCAGUGGGUGUAUGACAUGCUUCAGAAGAAAUUUAAUCAGGUUCAAGGUGAAAAGAACCGUCAAGAAGAGAGAUUUUCGGCAGCAAUCCUGACUAUGCAAACCGCCACGCACCGAAACCUUCUGCCGGAGCAAAAGUUGUUAGAAAAGGACCAAGUGGUAGCCUCCAGUGUCAACCCUAGGACCCUUAGCAUGGUCAACCAAUGCCAAGAUGUUCAGAUAUUUGACCAAGAAGCCAGGGAGGGAUCUGAAGAUGUCGGCAAUGAAAUGGCUGAAGCACUAAAGGAGUGCUUCAUUGUGGAAAAGAAGUCUGACCAGAAUACAGACCCCGCCAAGGUCUAACCAAGGUUCCAAUAUGGAGUGACCAUGCACUUCAAGGCUAUCGGAUCCAAGCAAGGCUCUCUACCCAAAAGAUGCAAAAGCCAAAAGCGUUCUUUACAAACAUCUAAUGAUGCCUCAGACGUGUAUUGCCCAGGAAUAAAGAGUUCUAUUUAUUUUCA